UCACCGCCUCUCUGUUGCCAUUUGUAUAACCUCCAGCGACACACAGCAGCUCAGCAAUCUUGUCCACUUGUCCGACUGAGCAGUGCACACACAGACGACGACGACACGAACGCCCAGACGGCCACGUCAACAGAUUAAAGACAGCGGGUUCUUUUCAUUCCCGAGUGACUUCCCUGACGGAUACAGACUAUCAUCCAACAACGCUCAUGCCAUUUUGUGUCGUCUUUUGUGGACCACUAGAUGCCAUUAAGGACAACAUGCACCAUCCUUACUCCGCCAUCCAGUGCAUGUGUGUCAAUCAUGUAGUCGCUCGCCCAGAAGUCAGCCCGUCUACCUGCCCCUCGCUUGCCCUUCUCUUUGCAUGUCUGCAUGGCCUCUGGAGGCCAGAGAAGCACUGAUGAGCCAGUACACUGACGUCUUUCCCCGUGUCCGUUCACCGCCCCACGGUCCACCAGCACCUUCAUGGGAAUGAGAUAGAAAUAGCGAUCACCAGGCACCGAGACGGCCAGCAGAUCAAAGUCUCCCUCAUCAUACAGCUGAGUGGCCUUCGUGCCGGCGCUCUUGUGCAGAACAACACAAGAAGAGCCGUUGUUGUUGCCGGUGUGAAGACGGGCCUGUUUGUGCUGAAUGAGGAAUCGCUUCCCAUCCCACCACCAGACGGCAUCGACAGGCGUCAUCUCGUAGAUGAGCUCCUGCCGGACGGCCACACCAGCAGCAGACAGCAGAGGGGCCCACACCGCAAUUGAUGCCUCGCCCUUCUGAUGCCUCUCCGACCGCUGCAGCAUGAUGUUCGCCAGCGAGUCCUUGGUGAAUGAGAGGUUCUGAUAGACCAACAGCAGCUUCUGCGACAGAGAUGCCGGGCCCUCAAGUGCCGUUGAGCAUCGGAAGCUCUCAUGGUCCCACUUGCCAUUCUCACGCAGAGUGAGUUUCCCAGAUGGGAUUCGCUGCAGGUCAGAUCCGUCGUAGCACCAGAUACGGAAGUCCAACAGAGCCACACAGACGACGGGAAUCUCCGGAUAAUUGUUGGUGAAAUUAAAUCGCCAGGCGCCGUCCUGGUUCUUCUGCCUGCACGUCUUCACUUGGACCGGCAGCCACGCAUCUUCACUCACACCAAAGGGCCGCACGGCGAGGUCAGCAUGUGCCCCCUCUCAGGUCCUCUGCACAACAAACCAUCGCCUCAGCAGAUCCAUCACACACUGCACACCCGAGUUGCCGACGAGCCUCCACUCCAUCUUCCGCCGGCACUCUGCAGCGGCGGCCUCGGCCAUUCCUUCAUCCUCCCAUCGCAGAAGGGCGUCAGCAUCAGCAGGCCUUGAAGAAAGUCGUCGAGAUGCCGUGGUCAAGGGAGAGAGGGACGCACUGACGGCGAACCGGCGACGAGAGGCGGAGAUGAUGAUGCCCCUUUGCAUUGAUGAAGCCACCAUCAU